GACCACGCCCCCGCGGCCGGGCGGGCACUUCCUCUGCCCUUUCGGCCGGGUGUCAGACUCCAGAGGCUGCACGUUGCAUGAGACUCGCGCGACUCAUGAAGGUGUUCGUCACCCGCAGGAUUCCCCCCGAGGGCAGGGCCGCGCUCGCCCAGGCCGCAGACUGUGAGGUGGAGCUGUGGGAUUCCGAUGAGUGCAUCCCCAGCAAAGAGCUGGAACGCGGUGUGGCAGGGGCCCAUGGCCUGCUCUGCCUCCUCUCGGACCGUGUGGACAAGAAGAUCCUGGAUGCUGCAGGACCUAAUCUCAGAGUUAUCAGCACACUGUCCGUGGGUGUGGACCAUUUGGCUUUGGAUGAAGUCAAGAAGCGUGGGAUCCGAGUGGGCUACACCCCAGAUGUCCUGACGGAUGCCACUGCGGAGCUGGCUGUCUCCUUGCUGCUUACCACCUGCCGUCGGUUGCCAGAGGCCAUUGAGGAAGUGAAGAAUGGCGGCUGGACCUCAUGGAAACCCUUGUGGAUGUGUGGCUAUGGACUCACGCAGAGCACUGUUGGCAUUGUGGGGCUGGGGCGCAUAGGCCAGGCCAUUGCUCGGCGUCUGAAACCAUUUGGUGUCCAGAAGUUUCUGUAUACAGGGCGCCAGCCCAAGCCUCAGGAAGCAGCGGAAUUCCAGGCAGAGUUUGUGUCUGCCUCCCAGCUGACCGCAGAGUCUGACUUCAUCGUGGUGGCCUGCUCCUUAACGCCCGAAACCAAGGGACUCUGCAACAGGGACUUCUUCCAGAAGAUGAAGAAAACAGCCGUGUUUGUCAACAUCAGCAGGGGAGAUGUUGUAAACCAGAAUGACCUGUACCAGGCCUUGGCCAGUGGUCAGAUUGCAGCUGCUGGGCUGGAUGUGACGACCCCAGAACCACUGCCUACAGAGCACCCCCUGCUGACCCUGAAGAACUGUGUGAUUCUGCCCCACAUUGGCAGUGCCACUUACAAGACUCGCAACACCAUGUCCUUGUUGGCAGCUAACAACUUGCUGGCUGGCCUGAGAGGAGAGCCAAUGCCCAGCGAAUUCAAGCUGUAGCCAGACAGCCCCACAGGCCAGAGCCAGUGCCCUGGUGUUCUGCCGACACCAGGCUGGAUUUGGGCCCACCAGUGGGAGUUGGAAGUCUGAUCUGUUCUGAUGCUGCAAGUGAAGAUGGGCACGGGUAACGUGCUUUGCUACUUCUGUGGCUGGACACGUCUGAGCCAAAAGCCUGUAAUUCUGCAUUGAAUAAUUUUCUAAGAUGGUCUCAGCCUGUACCUGGAUGAAGCUAACAAAACAAGCACCUGUUUCAAACUUGGGACAUUCAGUGACCUGCCUGACCCUGCUUUCCAUCUGGUCCUCACCCUGAGCACUUGUAGCAACUUGCCCAGUUCCUUCCCAGGCCUGUCAGCCAGGGUGGAACAAGCGGAGACUCAUUAAUUAUGGCACUUCAACCGAGUACCUAGACCAUCGGGAAAAUAAAGAGCACACAGAGCACAGGGGAGUUAACUAGAAGAAAGGAAGACUAGGUUAGGUUGACUCUUUUGGUUGAGAAUAACUAGAGGUGGGUUCCUCAAUUUCAGAAUUAGUUUUUCUACCUACACUUUGCUCCCCUUACCCAUCUUGUCCUCCACCCCCUACAUAGGUGGACAGUUUUAUUUUUUGAGCCAGAAGGACCAGGAUAUAGAUCAGCGGCACAGCACCUGUCUGACGAGCGUGAGGCCGAGUUCGAUUCCCAGUGCCAAAAGAAAAAAAAAAAAAAAGACAGGAUUUCAGAUUUUGCUUUGUAGUCGGGCUGGCCUUAGAUUCACCAUGUAGCCCAGGCUGGCCUCUCACUUGUGGUAAUCCUGUCUCACCCUCCCAAGGACUGGGAUUAUAGGUGUGGGCCACCAUAUCCAGAUCUUUUUAAUCAUUUUAUUCUUUACCAAGGCCAGGCCACCAACAUUACCACUGCCAAAGCCCUGCUCUGUGCUUUAGCAUAAAGGAAUCAGCUUCUACCCCCUGUGCUCCCAGUGGGCCAAACUGGCAAAUGAAGUUGCCAGCAGCAGCACCACACAGGAUCAAGCAACCUCCAAGACUAACUGGGCAGACUUGGAAGAAAACCUCACUCAUGUCUACAGCCCAAAGGCAGGAAGAGUAUGGGGAAGGCAAAAGGAAUAAAAAAUUGGAGGGGAACAAGAAA